UCACCCGAAAUAAAAUUCUCAGCUAUCAAUCUUAUUCCUUCUUCACUUCUGGACCAGAUGAGGUGAAGUGCUGGCAAAUUCUUCGACAGACGAAAGCUCCACAGGCUGAUGGAACAAUUCAUACUGAUUUUGAGAAAUGUUUUAUACGUGCUAAGGUUAUGAAGUUUGAAGUGUUUAAGGAACUUGGAAGUGAGUCGGCUGUGAAGGUUUUUUCUGUAAAUAAUUCACUAAUUCAUUGUGAAUGA